UGUCGUGUACCGAAAAUACGGAGUGUUACAUACCUACCUACUAUUAUUUUUAUGGAUUUUACUAAGAUUACAUUACUGUCGGGCUGGGCUAUAAUUCAUAACCAUUAACCGAACAUGUCCGGCACAAAUCGGAAACGUUCGACAGACUCACCAAAAGAUUCAAGUAAGUCAAUUAUAAAUACAUUGGAAAUUGAAAAAAAAAUGGUUGGUAAAAUUUUAGACAGUGAUUUUACUUGUUCAAUUUGUUUAGAUACAUUUAAAAAGCCAUCUGUAUUGGAAUGCAAACAUGUAUUUUGUUACAAAUGCCUCAAGGAUUGGUUAUCUACCAAACGCACGUGCCCAAUGUGCCGAAAGUUCAUAAUCAAAAAUCCGGAGCGGUGUCCGUAUUUGGGAAAACUUAUUUUAGACAUGCAGAAUUCGAUUUCUACGUCGAAUACGCCUGAAAACAAUCGCCGUAAAACAAUGUAUAUUCCGGGACGACACAAUCUUGGUAAAGAGAAUAAUAAACGCCCACCAUGGAGAUAGAAAACGCAAAAC